AUGAAGCAGAUAUUGGCUACUUUGCAACAACCAAUCCAGGCAGCUGAACCAUCGUUCACUGCUGAUGACCGUGAACAGCUACAUCUAGCAUGUGAGGCCAAUGUUAUUAUGGCUCGUGCUCUGACUAAGCUCGAGGAGCUGAUGAAGUUCCAAAUUCACACAGUCGAUCACUUCUUCGGCUAUUGCUCUAAAACAAUAGUCAAAGAGGGGGAGACAGUGACUAAAGCUGGUCCUUGCGAUGUUGAUGCUGUUCCAGCAACUGAAGUUGAGGCUGAAGCUCCUAUAGCUGAAGAUGAAGUUGAUGUUGCUGAUGAAUCUCCAACUUCCUAUGAAGCUCUCAUAACUAAGGAUGUUGAAGUCGCCCGAGCUAAAGCUCGUGACGAUGAUCCUCCAAUCACCUCUGCAGCUGAUGCUGGUGAUCUGGAUGAAGACAGUGAUGAUGAAGAAUAUGAUGAAUCCCUUGACCUUCCUGACACUGGCAAAGACCUGGAUGAUGAUGAGGAUGAAGACGAGGAUGAAGACGACGAUGACGAUGACUUCACGAUUCAGUACCAGAGACCUACCGAUGCCACGAAAGGCGUCGCCCUCAGGGAUUCCUCAUCUCAGGGGGAGCAAGGGGUGAAAGAGGCUGCUCAAGAAAAGCACCAGGGCACCAAGUCUAUGUACAAAGGUGUCGCUAAAGACGGGAACCUAAAGAUACUAUUCCAAAUUUCUCAACCCUUAUUUGAAGACUCCUCAUAA